AACAUACAACACAUAACACACCGGCUAAACCAUGAGUGUAAAAUAUUUUAGACUUCCCUAAUUUCUGAAACGAUCGUUGAAAUGAUUGGAUUUUUUAUACUUCCAAAAACUUGCAAACCACUUUUCUUAGGAUUAUUUAGACGUAUUUCAACUUCUGGCCCACCAUGGUCUGUCAUCUUUUUUGGCUCAGACAAUUUCGCCCUUUCUAGCUUGCAAAUGCUGCAUAAGGAAUUAAAAACUGGCGAGCAUAUAAAAAGCUUGUCAGUUGUCUGUGCCUACAUGAAGUGUCCUGUGGCUCAAUACAGUUUGAAAAACAAAAUCAACAUCAUACCCUGGAAACCACAAAAAAAUCAACUUCAAGGUGCUGACGUUGGGUUUGUCGUCUCAUUCGGCCACUUAAUCCCACAAUCUAUAAUUUCUUCGUUUCCUCUGGGAAUGGUAAAUGUGCAUGCUAGCUUAUUACCUCGAUGGAGAGGUGCUGCACCUAUCAUACACACUGUCCUCAACGCAGAGACCGAAACUGGAGUUACUCUCAUGAAAAUCAGACCUCAUAGAUUUGAUUGCGGCGAGAUUAUUGGCUCCUCCAAAUUAAAAAUUGGCCCUCAGGAGGACGCAGAAACCUUGACCCGUAGGUUGGCAAAUCUCGGUUCUGCAGAACUGCAGUCCUGCUUGAAAAGUUUAACUGAAAGACUAGGUCAAGCUAAACCUCAAACCGAAACUGGUGUUUCAUAUGCUCCGAAAGUUGACGCGAGCAUGUCUUGUUGCAAGUGGGCGGAAAUGACCGCCUCGCAACUCCAUCGCCGCCAUCUGGCUCUACACCACGUAUUUCCUCUCCACGCAGACUGGCAUGGGCAGACUGUGAAGUUCCUUGAAUGUGCCCCGAUGGAGAAGACCAGCAGCUCGGCACCAGGGUUCGUAGAUUUUUCCAAAAAACAUCGACAUCUUGAAGUGACGUGCAAUAAACAGAGUGUUUUGACGGUCAACCAGCUCAAAUUAUCUGGCAAAAAGGUCAUGUCCGCCAUGGACUUUGUUAAUGGAUUUUUAAAGAAAGUGCCCGUAGACUUAUGGAAGUUUGGAAAUGGCGAAUGCGGUUAACGCGUGAAGCAAUAAAUUAGUAGAUAUUAAUUUCAAUUGA